AUGGCUGGGGACAGGCUCCCACGCAAGGUGAUGGACCCCAAGAAGCUGGCCAGCCUCCUGAGGAAUGGAGCAGAGGGCACCCUGGUCAUUGACAGCCGCUCCUUCGUGGAGUACAACUCCUGGCACGUCCUCAGCUCCGUCAACAUCUGCUGCUCCAAGCUUGUCAAGAGAAGGCUCCAGCAGGAUAAGGUCUCCAUCACAGAGCUCAUCCAGCCUGCCUCCAAGAUGAAGGUGGAGGCGGAGGACCACCAGGACGUGGUGGUCUAUGACCAGAGCACGCGGGACGUGACUGGCUUGGCUGCUGACAGCUUCCUCUCCAUCCUGCUGGGCAAGCUGGACAGCUGUUUCCACAGUGUCUCCAUCCUCACAGGAGGCUUUGCCACCUUCUCAUCCUGCUUCCCAGGGCUCUGCGAGGGGAAGCCAGCUGCCAUCCUGCCGAUGAGCAUCUCCCAGCCAUGCUUGCCUGUGGCCAAUGUUGGGCCCACACGCAUCCUGCCACAUCUCUACCUGGGCUCCCAGAAGGAUGUCCUGAACAAGGACCUGAUGACACAGAAUGGGAUAAGCUACGUCCUAAAUGCCAGCAACUCCUGUCCCAAGCCGGACUUCAUCUGUGAUAGUCACUUCAUGCGCAUUCCUGUCAAUGACAACUACUGUGAGAAGCUGCUUCCCUGGCUGGACAAGUCCAUUGAAUUCAUUGACAAAGCUAAGGUGUCCAGCUGCCAGGUGAUUGUUCACUGCUUGGCUGGCAUCUCCCGGUCAGCCACCAUUGCCAUUGCCUACAUCAUGAAGACCAUGGGUAUGUCAUCAGAUGAUGCUUACAGGUUCGUUAAGGAUCGUCGCCCAUCCAUCUCGCCCAACUUCAACUUCCUGGGCCAGCUCCUGGAGUACGAGAGGAGCCUGAAGCUCCUCAAGGCCCUGAAGUCAAAGGGCGACUGGGGCGAGGGGGACACCCAGCAGGACCCAGCGGAGGUGGCUGAGAGCAGCCGGCAUCCCUUAACACCUACCUCAGAGAAGGCCGAGGAUGUGCCGAGGAGCACCCGCUCGGCAUCCCCCAGCAGUGACCCUGAGCGCCAGGGCGGGACCCCAAAGGUCCUGUCACCCACCACCCUGCAGCAGGGGCUCAAUGGCUUGCACCUCUCCUCCGAGCGCAUCCAGGACACCAACCGCCUGAAACGUUCCUUCUCCCUGGACAUCAAGUCCGCCUACUCCCCCGGCCUGCGGCAGGACCCCCCUGGGCCCCCUGGACCUGGGGAAGCCCCCAAACUCUGCAAGCUGGACAGCCCCUCAGGCUCGGGCAGCCUCAGCCCCUUCUCCCCAGGGGCGGACAGCCCUGACCGGCCCACGGGGCCCGAGCUGCUGCUGGAGGCCAAGGUGCGGCAGCGGCGGAAGCACCGGCAUGCGGCAGGCUCGCCGGCCCACGGGCUCAGCCUCAACGUUGGCGGGACCUGCGCCACGCGCAAGAGCCCCGGCGCCGAGGACGGGCUGCCACCACGGCUCAGCCAGCCGCCCACCGCGCCCGGUGCCACGGCGGCCUGGAGCGGGGUGCACCUGGAGUCCCCCAGCACUGCCUCGGGCGAGGCUGGCUGGUACUUCGGCAAGGACUCCGGCGGCACCGGCGGCAGCGGCGGGGGCCUGUUCCCCAGCUCUGGCCCGUACCCGGCGCCAUUCGGCUGCGGUACGGUGGCAGCCGGGUGUGAGAUCAGACUGAGGGACAAGGCGCGGGCCGAGCCACGGGACGGGCGGCACAGCUGGCAUGAGGAGGCCGGCACCGAGAAGCAAUUCAAGCGGAGGAGCUGCCAGAUGGAAUUCGAGGAGACCAUGUCCGAGGGCAGGGCUCGGGAAGAGCUGGGCAAAAUCAGCAAGCAGUCCAGCUUUUCGGGCAGCAUGGAGAUCAUCGAGGUGUCCUGA